GACAUAUUAGUCAGAUUUUACCGGGAAAAGUUAAUGCAUAACUAAGCCAAGUCUGACCUUUGCCGGUAUUUAUACAUAAAAAAUGGUUCAUUUAAACAAUGAAAACAACCAAUCAUAAUUGAAUCACAUUAUCGUUUCAACCAAUCAGAAGUUAGACAUCAAUUUAGAUCAUUGAUAUAAAUAUGCAGAGAAAAAACACGUGCGUUUAACUUUUGUUAUAAUUACAAUAAUGUUAAAUCAGGAUAAAAGCAACAACAAUAUAAAUAAUACAAGUUAGCUUAUAAACAGAUUGGUCUUAGAUAUAUCUCUGCACAAAACUACACACACAAAACUGGUUCAAUAAGCCAGAAAAAAGAGGGUUUCGCAUCACCUCCAGAAAGUAUUGAAGAAGCCAGUUGUGCAUGAAAUGUGUUGAAAUAAAUACCUCUUGGAUAUAAUAUCCAAAAAGAUAUAUAUAUAUUUAUCAUGCUCAGGUUGACUAAAAGUCAAAUUAGAAGGCAUUUUUCAAUUACAUCUGUAUAUAUUUGGAUAACAUGGAUCACCUUCAUUGAUAAAUGGUCUUUUAUUUACUGUCUACCAUAUCGUAUACCUGAAAAAUCUCUACAAAUAAAUGAGGCAAUACGUUUACUUUAUCAAUAUGGUUAUAUGGAUGAUCUGUCAGCGCAAAGUGGUAAUCCUAUAUCAAUAGAAAAUAUCCCGCACAAAUCAACUUUCAAGUAUCCAGAUAAAAUAUCUUUAAUGCAUCCUCCAAAAGAGUUCACAAUUGCUAUAAAAAAAUUUCAAAAACAAUAUCAUCUUCCCGUAACAGGUGAAUUAGACAAGCAGACACGUAAUUUAUUAAUAUCACCCCGUUGUGGUAAUCCAGACAGACAAAUUAACUUGAAAGAAAAGAAUUCCUGGCAUCCAACAUCGUCGUCAACAUCACAGUCAAUAUUAUCAAGUGGAAUAUUUGACAGUACAUUCCAUUCAUCAUACAGUAAUCAUUCCAAAACCACUGGAAAUAUGCAUUUUGAACAAAGCAGACUACUGAAUCGAAAGAAACGCUAUCUGAUUGGUGAUGAAAAAAUGAAAUGGACGAAGAAGCAGUUAACAUGGCAAAUUCAAAGCUAUCCAUCGCAUUCUUUAUCUAGAGUACGUACACAUGCAGUAUUCCAGCAUACAUUCAACUUAUGGUCAAGAGUAGUGAAUUUAGAUUUUAUUGAAGAAAAAGAUUAUUAUAAACCAGCUGAUAUUGUGAUAAGAUUUGGUGCUGGAAAGCACGGUGAUUCAAUACCAUUCGACGGAGCAGGUGGCGUGUUAGCACAUGCUUAUUAUCCAACACCGGACAAUGUUUAUUCCUUUUCAGGGGAUGCACAUUUCGAUGAUGAUGAAGUAUGGAAUGAUGGACCACAUAAAACCCAUAGAAAUUUAAUAUCCGUUGCAGCUCAUGAAUUAGGCCAUAGCUUGGGGCUGGGUCAUUCAUCUGUGCCAACUGCAAUUAUGUAUCCCUAUUACAUAAGUACAUGGGAUAAAGUUAAAUUGGAUCCAGACGAUAUUGCUGGAAUACAACAAAUUUAUGGUGCUGCUAAACGCGGUAAAUUUAUACCACCAGAACCGAGUUUACCAGAUAUACCACCACCUCCUCCUGUAACUACGGAAGCUCCAGCGAAAGGAAAAAUAUUUGAUUUUUGUAAUAUCAGCGUUGAUGCAAUCAUAAAAAUUCGUAAUUUAGAAUUAUACAUUUUCAAAGGCGAAUGGCAAUGGAGAGUGACUUGGUCUAAAACUGUUACAACAUGGAUUGCUUAUCAAUUUCGAGAUGGACCAGCAAAAAUCACUUAUUAUUGGCCUGCACUACCUAAAUAUGUUGACUAUAUUGAUGCUGGUAUUGAACGGCAUGAUGCAGCUAUUUAUAUUUUUAGAGAUAAUAAAUUCUGGCUUCUUUUGGACAAUAUGCGAAUGAAACCUGGUUUUCCAAAUGAAGGAUUACCGCUUACUGAACUUGGACUUCCAGGCAAUUUAAAGCGUGUAGAUAGUGUAUUUCUAUGGGGAGAAAAUCAAGCCAUUUAUAUUUUUGCUGGUGAAUACUAUUGGCGAUUGGAUGAAAAUUCUGGUCGAUUCGGUAAAGUGAUCGGUAGUCCAGAUUAUCCACGUUUGAUAGCAGAUACAUGGCAAGGUGUACCUGUUCCUACUCAGGCUGCAUUUACUGGUUUAAAUGAUGAAACUUUAUUUUUUGAAGGAACCAAUUAUUAUGUAUUCGAUAAUAUAGAAAUGCGUACACGUCCUGGAUAUCCAAAACCAGCAACACUCGGUAUACUCGGCUGUAUGCGAUGAAUGGAAUACAUACAAUUUCAAUUACAACGAUAUUUCUCAUUAUUCAAUACAACCCCACCCCACUCCCUGACCUUAUUCAUCUUUUUCAAAUUAUCAUAAUCCAACCAAAUCUUCAAUUUACCUCAGUGGUACAUUUUCAAUUUUUGCCUUUCAUAUUGAAUUUUUCUAGAGAAAAAUAUAUCUAAUGACAAUCUAUUGAAAUUUGUCUGACUCUUUGCAUUUUUAUUCUUUGCCUUACAAACUACUUAUAUAUAUAUACAUAUAUAUACUACUUAUAAUUAUGCCUAUGUUGUAAUUUGAUUCUAAUUGGGAGUGUUAAGUGAAACUGAAAUACAUUGUAUGUGAUUCCUUGACGUAUUAGAUCAAUCAAUGCAGGACAAAGAUACGGAGUUUUUUUUUAAUCGUACGACUGAUAGCUGUCACCUCGAUCUCAGUUGUUGUGCUUCAGGUAACUUUCCCAUUUCAAUCUGUCUAAUCUCAGUAGUUCCGUUCACUUACAGAGCCUAUCAAAAUAUAGAUUGCCUUUAAAUAUUGUAAAAAGAUGAAGAAUAAAACGACAAUGAAUCGUUUAUUGUGAUGUAAUUUAUCUGAAACAUGGUUAAUUUGAUUUUUCAUUUUGGGUUGUUCAGUCUUUUGAAAAAAAAAAAACAAUUUUACUUACACAAUAAUCUUUCUUUACCUUGGUAGUUGUAUUUAAAAGUGUUAAUCGAACACUACUCAAAAUUGAAAUAUCUCAUGUAAUAUUUAUUAGUUGUUGUUAGUACUACUACUAAUAAUAAUAAAUAAUGAGCCAGCAAAG